AUGGCGACCGUCGAGAUGCACUCCCAUUACAUGGGCCUGGCGGGCACCGCUCUGCAAACCGCCAUUGCCGUGGCCGCGGGUCUGAGUUUCGUGGCUUUUGGGUACGGCCAGGGAGACGUCGGAGGGCUGAUUGUCGAGUCCACCUUCAUGAACUACUUCCCAUCUUUCGAGACCCCGAUCUACGCCGGCUCCGUCAUCGCGACUUGGAACAUUGGAUGCUUCGUUGGCGCAUUCUUCACCAUUUUCUUGGGCGACAGGUUGGGAAGGAAGGGCACCGUGGUCACGGGUCUCAUCUGCGAGACUAUUGGCAAGAUCAUCCAAUGCAGCUCUUUUGGGAUCGGACAAUACGUUGCGGGCAGGAUGAUUGCUGGGAUCGGGAAUGGCUUCGUCGCCAGUGGUGUACCGGCAUAUCAGGCGGAGUGUUUGAAGACGCAUAGGCGUGGCACACUGCUGCUCGUCUCCUUCGGGAGCUGCAUUACUCUGGGAAAUGCCAUCGCCUACUGGAUCGUCUACGCCUUUUCAUUCACGCAGCCGAGCUCAGCAGCGUGGCGGGUGCCCAUCAUUUUGGCCGCAAUGUUCACCCUACCGGCACUACUGGUCAUCGUCUUCAUGCCGGAAAGCCCUAGAUGGCUGCUUCUCAAGGGCAGAGAGCAGGAGGCGAUGAAUGUGUUGUCGGCAUUGAACGAGCUACCCAUCGACCACGAAGACACUCGCCGCGAGAUCCUGCAGAUCAAGUACGCCGUCAAGCACAUGGCCUCCUCAGCUCCGGGACAAGUCUUCACGAAUGGCGAAUACCGAUACCUCCAGCGAACGUUGCUCGCCGUCGGCCUGCAGAUCAUGCAGCAAUUCACCGGCGUCAACAUCUUCAUCCAGUACCUCGCCGCCAUGUUCGUGAACCAGUUGCGCUACGCCAAUAGGGUGUCCAUGGUGCUGGCCGCCUGCUGCUCGACUGAGUUCUUCCUGGCGUCCGUUGGUGUUGUCUUCGUCAUCGAUCGAUUUUGGGGGAGACGAGAUUUGACCAUCUUCGGCGCUUCGGGCAUGUGCUUCUGCAUGGUCAUGUUGACCAUCUUCAACUGGCUCGGCUUGGAGAACGGCGAGCCGUGGGCCUUCAAGGUCAUGACUGCCUUCCUCUUCCUGUACCUGACUUUCUUCGCCAUCGGCUGGCAAGGAAUGAGCUGGAUGUGGGCUGUCGAACUGGUCCCAUUGAGCAUUCGAGGACCAGCAAAUGCCAUGUCAACUGCCGCAAAUUGGCUCUCCAACUUUGUGGUCGUCCUCGUCACGCCUGUCAUGUUUGACGAUAUCACAUGGCGAACCUACGUGGUAUUCGCUGUCACCAAUUUCUGUUUUAUCCCAGUCAUCUACAUCUUCUACCCAGAAACCGGAGCUCGUUCUCUCGAAGAAGUCGACAUUGUUUUCAAGUCCGCUUCGCAACGCGGCAACCCAUGGCUCAGCGCAGUCAAGGCCGCCAAGGAGGAGCCGAAAUGGUACGACAAGAACGGCGAGCCGACGGACUCUUACGGCGGCUCCGAGAAGGACGACAUUGAGAAGGGCAUGGCCACUUCUAGCGGCGACAACAGCUCGAGUCCGGAACGCAUGUUCAAUGCUCAGCCGGUGCAGCCCAGAAGAACGUCGAUGGAGCCGCGCUUUUCGGACGAGGGAUGGCAUGACCAUGUGGCUGCUCCUGCGCCGUCGAUUCGGAGGACGCACUCGAGUCAGUGA